ACUCAGGGCUGCAGUGUCAGUUGCAAAGCGUGUUAAAAUAUUAACACUAACACACACAGGUGGCUUUGCUUCCCUGAUCCUUUUAAUGGGAGACUGAUGAACAAUGAGAAUCCUGACCUGUAGCAUUGACCUACUCUCACUUUUCACCACGUGAUCACUUUUUUCACAGCGUUGUGUUAUUUUACUUUAGGCCAGCCAUCACUCUUAUUUAUUUAAUGUAGAACUGCAGUCAAAAGUGGUUACUUUUAUGCAUUUGCUACUUCUUGCUGAUUACAUAAUACAAAUGUUUUUUUUUUCUUUUUUGUGUGGGAGAGAAUUCAGUCUGUAUUAUACACUCACGUUACUAAAAAGGUGGAUUUGUUUCGUAAAGAAACGCUUUAUUUAUAAAAUACCAACUAACUGGGUACGUAAAAGUGAAACGCAAAAGCAUUAUGGGUAAUAAAGAUUAUUUAUUUUUUACCACGUUUCUCUUUGCGCAUGCGUAAAUGAACGCCUCUGCAAGUCUAUGCUCUGCACCGACGAUCAGACCUCGCGCUGUAUUUGCCAUGGCAACCGGGUCCUGACAGUUCAAACCUGAAUCUUACCGCAAUCCUUUAAAGUUUCCUGCUAUAAAAGGUAGCCUGGCCAAACUGUUUUCGUCAUGUAAAUGGAAAAAUAUGUCGAUUUUACACAGAGAAGUCAUUCUUAGUUUAUUUUAUAACGGAUUCGCUAGUUAACAUGGUGCCGACAACCUGUAAAGGUGGUGCGGAAACGAAGGCGUUCUUUCAGAUUGAGGACAAAGGAGGCGCUCAGGUGGAUGAAGAAAGACUGCAAGAGUUCGAUGUCCAGAAGUGGGCCGACGGAUCCAAAUAUGAGGGGCACUUUGUGAACGGCCUAAAGCACGGCAAGGGCAAGUACAUGUGGGGAAAUGGAGAGUAUUAUGAAGGACUUUUCUACAAAGACUACAGGCAUGGGAGUGGGCAGUACUGUUGGCCCACAGGUCACAAGUUCACGGGCAAGUUCUACCUUAACAGAAGAGAAGGCUAUGCUGUACAGGUGUUUCCUGAUGGGGCCACUUUUCAGGGUUUGUACCACACCGACCAGAGGUUUGGUCCUGGCGUCCUCACAUAUCCAGAUGGACAACAGGACGUGGGUCUGUGGCUCGGAAAGCAGCUGUUCAGAUUCUGCACCUCGGUGGGGAAUGUGUUUAGUCUGAGUGACUUCCCUGAACACGCGGCUUAUAUGGAUCCAGCCAUCAUCAACGCAGGUUACCACACCAAAGUAUGUUUAGACCAAUACUCUAAAAUCGUUUCCAGUGGUUUGUACCACACCGACCAGAGGUUUGGUCCUGGCGUCCUCACAUAUCCAGAUGGACAACAGGACGUGGGUCUGUGGCUCGGAAAGCAGCUGUUCAGAUUCUGCACCUCGGUGGGGAGUGUGUUUAGUCUGAGCGACUUCCCUGAACACGCGGCUUAUAUGGAUCCAGCCAUCAUCAAUGCAGGUUACCACACCAAGCCUCCCUUUUGUGAUUAUCAGACUAAAGCUAAAACAGACAUAAAGGCGGUUAUCCAUGAGGAUCUUUUUUCUGAUGAAAGCUUCAUUCUUCCCCCUGGCAUUGAGUGUUACUUCAUUGACGAGGACCUCUUGCCCCUCCCUCCAUGUCAAAGAAGAGAACUGGACCAACACUUCUUUGGAGAGCUGUGGGAAUCUGAAGCUCAUCCAGACCAAAGUUACGAGAGGGAUUCGCUGUCUCCUCUGUCUCUACAGGCUCGCAUGAUAGCUCACACACACAAACACAGGCUGCAGGCGGAAACAGUGGGCUGGGAUGUGGCAGCUGUUCUCUCUUUGAACAGAGAAGGCUUUGGACCUCGAGGGCCUUUGGAAGUCAGCUCAGAGCUCAUGAUCCAGCAAAGCUUCCGAGGAGAACUCCAGGCUGUGCUACAGCUCCUGCAGACGGGUUCGGUCCAUCCGGAUGUGACAGAUUCAAAGGGACAAACGGCACUGAUCGCUGCCACCGUAAAUUGUCAAGACGAUGUGAUCCAUUUGUUGCUGGAUAAAGGUGCUGAUAUUGAUAAACUGAAUGAUGAGGGAAUGUCUGCUCUGGCUGUGUGCCUCCUUCUCUACUACCCCUAUCGGUGUUUGUACACAGCUUUGGCUGAACCACGCACCAAAACUCCAGUUUUAAAGCCGUCAUCUUCAUGUGGAAACACUUCCCGAAACCACAACCCUUCCACACCUGCUGUUAACAGCAGACCCCUGACCCCUGGGACACCUGAGGGAGACGCUUCCAGUUUAAUCCACUUGGCUGACCAGACAUCCGAUGAGCAAACUGAGCAUGUGUCAUGUACCCGUCCAAUCAGCAAUGAGCGCUUGAUUCCUUUUCACGAGACCUGUGAUAACCCUGAACAGCCUCAGGGGGAGGACAGAAAAGAGAGCAACGGAUGGGAUGAGCACUGUGGAGACUCAGAAAAAGUGGAGGAAGAAGGUGACGGGACGACUGAAGAGGGGGAGAAGAAAGCAGAAAAAAGACAAAUAGAAACCAACUGUGAUCCAGACAGGGAUUUAACAGGUGUGGAAGAUUACAAAGAGGCUGAAUAUUCAGACGAGGAGGAUAACAGAGAGAAUGAGAUGACAAAAGACGAGGAGAUGAAGAUUGAAGAAGAGUGCUCAAAGAAAAAAACUAGUGGAGGUGUGGAAAUGGUGGAGAAACCCAUUGAAGUUAUGGAUGGUCACAUAUUGCUGGGACAAGUGUGGUGGAACACUUCAGUUAAGAAAGAAGAUGAAGAGUUGACCACAGCCGAGACCUUUGGCUCCAACUCUUCAGUCAGCAGCCAUGAAAUUGAUGUGACAGAAGAAAUGAUGCAGCUCUCAGCAGAAGCACUGAGUCGCUCAGGAGUUCCUCACCACGACUCAGAGGAGACCGUACGGAAAAUGGCAGCCAUGAAAGUAGAACAUCGCAGACGUUUGAAAACCCUCAACCUGUUGCUGCAAAGAGGAGCCGACCCCAACAGGGCCAGGGUACCAAUGCCUGUCAUCUUUUUAGCCGUGAUGGCAGCCGACUCUGAGGUUGUCAGGACUUUGAUUUUGUCUGGAGCUCGUUGUGACACUCCCCUUCCAAAAGCAAAGAAAGGCCUUUAUCCACUACACAUUGCUGCAGCACUUCCAGGACCUGCAGGUCCCAGAAUCACAGAGAUGCUCCUGCACACUAUUGUUGACCCAGAUGCUCGAGCAUGUGACCAGGAUGAUGUCUUUGAACCAGACGAGAUUGCAAUGAAAACUAACCCAGCUUUGAGAACCACUGAGAGUCCAUGUGGGAAAGAGGGCGGGCGGACUGCACUGCACAUCGCCUGUCAGAGAGAAAGUGACCAUGAGAAUGCCAGUGAGGUGGUGGCCCUCCUGCUCUCCCACAGAGCGAGCACAGACCUGCUCUGGAGAGGACACUCGCCACUCUCCCUGGCUAUAGCAAGUGGAAAUGACCUGGCCGUGGAGGAGUUGUUGAAGGGAGGCGCAGAUCCAAACUUACCCCUGGGCCCUGGGGUGGGGAGUGCCCUCUGUGCCCUCGCAAACAUCAACUACCCUAUAGAUGAAAACAGAGUUGACAUGGGCCGACAUGUUGAUGCCAGUGGCAGUGGGCGGGGCAGUAGGAACUGCCGUUGACUAUGCAUACUCCUCCUUCAAUCAGGACACGUAUAUUGCAAGGACUCCGUUCCAUGCUCUAAACAUUCAAGAGAGGAAAAUUCUUAAAGCACGGCAGCAGCUGCUGAGCAUGAUGGUUGAUCUGCUUAGGACAGCAGUUUACCAGAAAGAGAAAGACAAUUUAGAGAGACAAAGACAGCUCGUUUUAAAAAGUGCAGAAACUGUUCCUUCAAAUGUGCUACUUUCCAACAGUGAAGAAAAAAACAGAGAACCUGCGUUUAAGUUCUGUUAUCAGUGUGGUCGGUCCUUGUCAGUGAAGCUAAUAGCAUGUAGCCACUGUCACCGAGUUUUCUACUGCUCCCGGAGCUGCAAACUCAAAGCGUGGGACGAAAGACACAAACUUGAGUGCAUGUCUGGGCCAGAAGCUGUUAAAUCUACCCAAAAGGCGACAGCAUUGCAUAAAAAUCAGAAACCGGUGACAGCUUUUGCCAAAACCAUCUCACCCAAGGUGAACAUCACAGUCAAAGCUCAAAGAGGACCCGAGCCGUUUCAAAUGGUAGAGAAUCGGGUUCUUGAGAACCAAGUCAGCCUGACAGAAAACUACAGCAGCAAUUGAUGAGACAGUAACCUUUUGAAGAAAGUAUUUACUUGAGCUUUGUACUUAUGUGCUGUAUAUUUUUUAGAUAUUUUAGAUAAUCUGUUGUGUCAUAAUUUUUUUUAUUUUUUCAUUCAUUUUUACUUUUACAAUGAAAAACAAUCUAUAGUGAACUGGUCCUAAACAGAAUGUCAGGAAUGUGAUAGCUGUGAGUCAAAUCUCACAUAAAGUAUCAGAACUUUUGCCAUACAGUUUACUGCUUAGAUUUGCCACUUUGUUAUUGCAGAAAGUAGAACAACAUCCUGUUGUACCUGAAUUUCUGGAAUAUAUAUGAGAAUAGGCUUUUUUUCUCUGAAUGAAUGUGAGGAUUUGUGCUUUUUUAUGUUUGACUUUUCAUGGUUUGUAUUAUACUUUAUGUUCAAGUUA